AGGCGUGCAGCUGCUGGGAGACACCUGGGCAGAGCGCGAGCUGCUGGUUUGGGGUUGGAGGCUGUGAUUUUCCUCUGGCGCUAAUUAAGGGGGGCAGGUGGUCGGCUUGACCGACAAAACGUUGCUCCCUGGGCUCUUUUCCCCCGCAGAGUGGAAGCUGUAACGCUUUGCCAGACCCAGACAAAAUGAAACUGACGCGCCGAAAUAGGCUGUUGUUUACAGUUAAAAUGAUUGGUUAUUGUUUUUGUCUCUUGCAGGCUCUGCAGUAUAGCUGGAAAAACAGCAAUUUACAGAAGCUCUUUAUUACCAACAUUGGACUGCACUUGCAGAUUAAAAUAUGGCAAUGGAGACCAACUUUCUAAGAGAUCAAAAUCAUAGACUAAAUGCAGCACUCAGACAGCAUCAAGCAGAGAACCUUUUGAGGACUACCUCUGUGCAGAAAAAUGUCGUAAGGGGUGAUGACACACAGGAACCGUGGCUGACUGACCAAAGCUUACUGUCCCCUCUAAUUGCUGAGUAUGAUAAACAUCUGGAGGAAAUGAGUGAACAGCUGCAAUACUAUCGGAGACAGAUGGGCGAGAUGAGACUAAAACUUGAACAAGUCAUCAAGGAAAAUGAAAGACUGUAUGAGGAAUUGAAAGAGGCUGUUGAGAAGCAGCUGGAGGCCCUUCCUUCUGGCACUCUCUUGGGGAGUGAUGUGUUUGCAGGUGAAGAAAUAGUAAGAAACCUUCAAGAUCAGUUACAACUAGCCAAUCAAGAAAAAGAGCAAGCACUAGAGCUCUGGCAGACAGUAUCACAGGAACUAGAUCAACUCCAGCAGCAGUACCAGGGGCACAUGACUGAAGCACAGAUUCAUGUGGUACAAAGACAAAAGCAAAAAGAUCAGUUGACUGGCUUUCAACAGCUGACUGAGCAACUUCGAUUAGCCAAUGAGAAAACACAGUUAACUAACCAACAAUUUUUGAAAACAGUAACAGAACAGAAUAUGGAACUAGAACAGCUACGCAAACAACUGAGGCAAGCCAAAGUAGAUGUGAGAACAGCAACUGCUAAAGUUGAUGAAAUGACCAAAUUGUUAGUGGACCUUCAAGCCCAAAUGGAGAGAAAGGAAGAAGAUAUAGUAUCUGCUCGGGAGAGAGAGGAAGCAUCAGACAAACGCUUGCAGCAAUUGCAGUCUAGCAUAAAACAGUUGGAGACAAGAUUAUGUGUAGCUAUACAAGACACUGAACAGUUGAGAACAGAGAGGUCUGUUCUUGAAAAACAAACCAGAGAGCUACAGGCAAAGUGUGCAGAUCUAGAAGAGGAAAAAUAUGAUGCUAUAGUAAAAGUCCGAGACAGCAUGCAACUCUUAGAAGAAGCUAACCUACAAAAAAAUCAGGCCCUGCUCGGAGAGAAGCAAAAAGAAAGAGAGAUAGAAAAUAUGAAAGAAGCAAUUUCUCAGCUUGUACAAGAUGCUGCUGCAAGAACUAGAAAGGAAGUAGAGAAUGCAAGGAAGCAUUACAAUAUACAGAUAUCUCGAUUAACAGAAGAACUUUCUGCUCUUCAAAUGGAAUGUGGAGACAAGCAGAGUCAAAUUGAACGGGCCAUUAGAGAGAAGCGAGCAGUGGAAGAAGAACUUGAGAAAAUUUACCAUGAAGGCAGAGGAAGUGAAUGUGAUUACAGAAAACUGGAGGAACUGCACCAAAGGUGUCUGAUUGCAGAGCGUGCAAAAGAUGACCUUCAGCUGCGUCUGCAGGCGGCACGAAACAAAAUUAAACAACUGGAAAUGAACUCCGAGGAAGAGCUAUCUCGUUCCCAGGAAAUGGUUUGCAAGCUGCAAAGCAUUCUGGAUUCUGAAAGAGAAAACUCUGGCUUUAUCAGUGAACAAAGACUAAAACUUCAUCAAGAAAAUGAACAGUUGCAUAAAGAAGCAGAGGACUUGAGGAAACUGGCCAUGGAGGCACAACAAAAAGCUAAAUUAAAGAUAAGCACAAUGGAACAUGAGCAUUCAGUGAAGGAGCAUGGGUUUGAGGUUCGACUGAAAGAGAUGGAAGUCACUAAUCAAAAUUCUACUGUUCAACUGAGACGUCUGUUGGUGGCUCAGCAAAAAGCAACAAACCGGUGGAAGGAAGAAACAAAGAAGCUUACAGAAACUACAGAAACCAGGAUCAGUAAUCUGAAAAACAUAGUUACUCUGGAGAAAGAAGCUAUUCCAAGGACAGGGCGCUGCUCUCCUCUCCCACCCGCAAGCCUCAGUACCUUACUGGACCCGUCAGUAGUUCAGGAUCCAGUUUUUUUAUUCCAGUGAGUCAGUCUCUCCAGAAGAGCCUCUACCGUCUCAUAAAGAAAGAGGCCCAGACAGAAGCCCUAAGAGAUCAGAGUUCCAUCCUCUGACAAGAUGUAACUUUCCAAGAGACAGAUGGUACCGUGUCAAGAGGUCCUCGUCAUACAAGCUGUAUUGGAUCCCUUAGGAUUCAUGUGCUAGGCACCCAGAAUCAAAACAUGAACCUUACUUACCAUGUCCUUGCCAAGACCAACCAGCCUCGUUGGAGUAUACAGAAGGUGAAGAUGAACCAGAUCCAUUGGUUCUGGGAGUGAUUUCCUCCUCUUUCCCAAAUGAUACUGUUAUCCCAACUUUACCAGCGCCGGCUGAUGGCAACAGUCGGCAUCAGGAUACUUACAAAGCAUGGUAUUUGAGCUCCAGAUACAGCUUGAACUCCUAAGCUCUUCACCUCACACUCAAGUGCCUACUCAUGUUACUUUAGAUAAAAAUGACAAGUGAAUUGAUCAGUUCAGCAAACAAACAUAUCGGACUGUCUCCAUUUAUCCCGGUCUUAUUCUUCAGCUUGUGGUGUUUUCAUCCCCAAAGACAGGUUUAUUAAAUUUAAAUAUUAAAAAAAACAUGCCACAAGUAGAGAAUGUUUGAAUAGCGCUCUUUAGUUAUUGUGUAUUACUGCAUGCAGUCAAUCCUAAUAACAUAGACAUAAAACAAAAUAUACUAGGCAGUGUUUUCAAUGUGGAUAAAGUGCAUUCAUUUUUUACAUCAGCAAAAGAAUUGUUUUGUAUGCAUGUACACUAAUGUGAGAGAGUUAAAAUGUCAUUUUUAUAGCUAUAUUCAUUUUCUGAAAUGCAAGAUGUACUCAAGUUUACACAUAAGCUAAUGUGAUUCUUUAUUAGGAAGACAAACAUUUCAAAUGUCAAUUUAAAAAAAGGAACGAUUUUUGCUCUUACAGAUAUUGGGAAAUUUAAAACAUUUUCGUUUAACAGUUCGUUGAAAAGGAAACAUUAAAAGUUCACAAGCUUGGUUUUUUAAACUUCGGAUUAACCAACAGACUCGUCACAUAUAAUACAUGUUCUAAAAUGAACCAUAAUGCUCCUGAUGUUCUUCUUGUAGUAGAUAACUGGUGAAGCAUAACUUUUUUGUUUGUAAAUAUCAUUCAACGUUUUCUAGCUGUCAGAAACAGAAUGCUCUUAGUCUGAGUUGGAGCUGAGCCCAGGUCUCCAGCUAGAACAGGGAAAAUAACCUCAGAAGUUUGUGUCCUACAAUAACUAUACAUUGCUGCUAACACACAUACUGUUUGUUUCUUUUUCUAUAGAAGGCGGCAAACUUGUCUUCGUGUAAACACCAAUAGUUUGUGUAAAGUACAGUAAAGCCGUCUCUGACCCGCAUUAACACUGGCAAUGUUUGGCAGCAUAACUCUGUUUCAAAGCUAUGUUUAACAGGAGCUAAGUUAACUUUUUCCUGCUGUACUUAGUAGGAAUUGAAUCUGAGAUAGCUGGGAAUAGAGAAGGCUUUGGAGACUGGCCAAUAAGCAGUCGAAGGUCAAGUAAGAAUCAGAGUAUGUAAUGGAUGUGGAAGGAAGACAGCAGAAGGGAAAGGUUAUUGGCCAAAUAUUGUACAUUAAGGAGGAGAGCAAUGUGUUGGUGGUAAGAGAAUUGUUGAGAAGCAGGAGAGAGAGGAUGAUGGAUAGAACAGGAUUUGUGCCUGGUUUUGACAAGAAGAGAAGAGAUAUAAAUUGGCUAAUGAGAGGAGGGAACAAGACACACUAAAAAUGUACUUGUUUAUUUAUUGUGUUUCAGGGCUUCAGCUAUGUAGUGAACGACCAAUAGUAUCAUACACUAUAGAAACUGAAGCGACAUUUAUAUUUUAGCCCUGAGUCUCCAUUGCCCUGCACCUGAGUAGUUAUUUAUACCCUACAGAGUGGGUUAGAUUUUUCUCCCUUAUCUUUGUUAUAAUAAUCUUAGUGGGUAAAAUAUUUUAGAUAGCAGUGUGAUUUUUUUUUCUCUUAGAUGACAUUGUCUCUUUACGCAUCUAGGAUGUGCGUUUUGAAAAUACCUUACUGUGACUUUAAACUUCAGUGAAAUUUGAAUUUUUCAAAAGCAUCCUGCUUAAAUGGUGGACAUAGUUUCAAUUGAAGAUGUUCACCACCUAACAUUAAUCAUUAUCUUCCAAGAGUAUGGCUGAUCAUCUUGAGUCUUCUCCCAUUUAAACCACUGUCGAAACUCCCAUUGACUUGAAUUGAAGCAAGAUUGUGCCCCUUAUUAAUGCUAUGAAACAUCACCACAUGGUCAGAUUUACAGCACUGAAUUUUAAAUUUCAUCUUAGAUGACCUGUUAAUGAGAACAGAUACUUCUAGAGAGUUGCUAAAGUUUAGGAAAUGAAGCAACUUCCACAAUCCGUAUAGAAGACUUGCGGUGAUUCUUGAGAGUAAAAUUGUUGUUGUUGCUACAACUACAGGAUUUUGUGUUGCCAAAAACUUUUCACAUAGAAUUAGCCCUCCAGAGAUAGUAGGCUGAAUGCUGAUCUAAAUAAUUUGAUUUUUAGGAUAGCUAUCCAGGGGUAAGUAAGCUUUAUGUACUCUUUUAAACCCACCAUAUACAGUAUUUUGGAAAGAUUUCAGUUUUUUUUGUGAGAGGAAGAGAAUCUUGUUUCACUUCAGGAAAAAAAACAUCAAAACACACAGCUCUUACGUGAGGUGUAAUGAACAAUACAUCUUGUCUUCCAAGUUUGUAUGCAUUAACUUAUUUGUGCAGCUGACUGUGUGUAAUUAGUUGAUUCUUGCUGAUACGUUCUAUCAUCUAUUGUAAAUAUUUGAGUAGUGGAGAAAACUUGUUUUGUAGUGUUUUACAGAAAGAUAAUUUUAAACCAUUGCAUUUGUGUGAAUAAACUAAUAUAAUCUGGUGUUUACUCCCUGUAAAUGCAUGUUGUAUCAUCCGAGCAUUAGCCAUUCAGUCAGCUAAAGCAACAUGUGAGCUGAAAGAGACAGGGGAAAAAAAGUCCAAGAACAAAGAAACUAAUCAAAAUGUUCUUCUCAAUCCAGCAUCAUAGGUCAUCCUGGCUGAUGUUGGACUUUAUUGUACACACCUUCCUGUUUAAGAAUAAAAAUUAAUUUCACUCUUCCCAGAAUGCUUUAUCUGUGAAAAUAGCCACUUUCCCUUUCAAAGUUAUGAGUAGGACAGAAAUGUUAAAAUAUUGCUGUAAUGGGUCAGAAUCUUCAGUCUUUGAUUUAGCUUCAUCAACUGCUGACAUGGGAUAUAACAAACUGUUUUUGUCAUGUCUGUUGUGGUCUUUGAACCUUCAUGAAAAAU